AUGUGGUUUUUUAGAGCUACUGCUGAAGAUUGUUUACGAAGUUCAUAUUUUAAAGAAGCACCAUUACCUUGUGAAAACGAUCUAAUGCCUUCAUUUCCUCAACAUCGGAAUCAAAAGUCAUCUUCAUCUAAUCAAAAUCGACCUGCAUUACCAGCACGAUUAUCUUCCUCAUCAAAUGAGCCUAGUUCCCUUGUAAAUGAUAAUCGUAAAAAACAAAAUCUACCACCGCUUCGUGUCGGUUGUACCAAUGUGAAACGCUUACGAAAAUCUUAA